AUGACGAAUGCGCCGUUUUCGGACUUUUUGAUCUUCUUCAAAUAUCUCGACGAUAAUCCCGAUUGGGCACUGUCGCAAGCCCUGUACGGUGCUCUUUUCGGCUUGGCGAUUCUGUUCAUCGCAGUUUGGGCGGAUUUUGGAUUCAUUUUCAAUUUCAUUUUUGGCCUUCCGAGCUUUUUCUGCGACAAGAAGCUGAUUUCGUUUUCAAAAGACCGGCCAAGCCAGCAGCUGGAUUUGUCAGAAAUCGAAGGAGAUAUUUCAUUAGACACACCAGCGCUAGAAACGCCAGAAAACAUGCACCAUCAAAUUUCCUCCCACGAAAAUGCCCGAAAACGCCAGAAUCGCAGUCCAACUUUCGAAACCGACGAAUCUCCGAUGGAAUCUUGGCCAACUCCUCCCGAAGCGCUAGAAAUCCCGCCGAUCAAACAAUCCUACGCCCAAAUUUCGAAGAUCUCGAGAAACGUUAACAAUGGAUAUUUUCGCGCCACAGGGAUGCCAGUUGGUGGCGGAAGGUUCAAUUCGAUCGAGAGAAAGUCGUUUUUGACGCCGCCGAAUCCGCUUUCUGAUACUUCCAGGCGAUCUGCUUUCAAGGUUUUCAAGCAGGAAAAAGACCCAGACUACGCCGAACUUCCCCUCCGAAUCGGCGUUUCUUCGGAGAACAUCUCCGAAGAUGGAUCAACAUACGACAACUCAGAGUAUGGAAUUCGCCUGGGAACUUGGAAGCCUCAGAAUUAA